AUGAAUUUGGUCCACAGACACAGGCUACAGUUAGUUGGAUUUUUGUUGUCUGUACUAGGAUGGAUUUUAACUGGUACCUGUAACUAUUUACCAGACUGGAAAAAUCUCAACUUAGACUUAAACAUACUGGAACUUUGGACCAUGGGACUCUGGCAAACCUGUAUAGUCCAAGACGUAGGAGGAACGCAGUGUAAAGAUUUUGAUUCCUUCCUAGCCUUGCCUCUAGAAUUCAAGAUUUCCAGGAUUUUAGUAUCUACAUCAAACGGACUAGGACUUCUGAGCCUUGUGAUUUCUAGUCUUGGUUUGGACUGCCUAAAGAUGGAGCAGAAGCUAAAGAAACAGCUGUUACUACUUGGAGGAAUACUCCUGUGGAUGUCUGGAGUUUUGGCCUUAGUCCCUGUUUCUUGGGUUGCCCAUACGAUAAUCCAGGAAUUUUGGGAUGAAGACAUCCCAGAGAUUGUGCCCAGAUGGGAAAUAGGGGAUGCACUGUACAGUGGUUGGUUUGGUGGAUUUUUUAUAAUUCUAGGAGGAUCUCUACUCCUCUCCACAAUCUGCUUAUCAUCUGACCAUCAAUUACCAGAGCAGUAUGCAAUGGCAGAUAUGCAAGACACACAUCAACAUCUGGAAAUUGGAAAUAGAAGACUUUAA